GUUCACUCAGAGAUCCUGUGUCCGUGAGUUCUAACUACUUACAGGAUGUAGUGAGUUUACAGUAAGAUUAUAGUCACUUUAAUGGAAUCUGGUGAAAUUAAAUGUACUUGACUGGUAUACAUUCAGUUGAUAAAAAGGAUAUUUUCCUUAACAUUUUAUUUGUAUAAAUAAACCUUUGAUUUUAUAUUUUUCAGCUGCAUUUUAAUCAAAACUGUUAUCUUUUUUUAGGGGAGGGAAUGAGAGCAGGGGUCUGGCAGGUCGGCAAUCACAAUGUUGAAUCCAAAUUUAUGACCUUGGCAGCAACACUAACAGCGUCCUCUGGUGGACACAAAUAAUAUGUUCGUCUUUCAGCUCAACACGUGACUGUGACCCAAAAUAAGUUCUGACACUGCUGAACUGAGCUGAGACGCCAUUACAGGGAGUCGUAUCUCUGCUGCAAAACACACGUUUGGAGGAUUUUAAUCAGAGAGUUCAAGAGACACUAAUUUGGUGAGUUAAAAAUACUUCAAGAUCAAAUGGCUGACAAACUUGCACUUGUCGAAAAAUUCCUGAGCUGCCAUGUGUGUUCAGAGACUUUCAGAGAUCCUGUGUCUCUGAGCUGCAACCACAGCUUCUGUUCAAGCUGCCUGCAGAAAUUCUGGGAACAAGCUAAAAACAAAAACUGUCCCAUUUGUAAGAGAAAAUCUUCAAAGGAUUUUCCUAUUGUGAACUUUACACUGAAUGAACUUGCUGAUUUGUUUGCUGGAAGAAACAAAACUGGAUCAUCUGAGACAGAAAGAGGGGAGAAGAAACUGACAGUGGUGUGCAGUAAACAUGAGGAAGUGCCUAAACUGUUUUGUGUGGACGAGCAGAGAGCUGUGUGUACCGUGUGUGAGUUUUCUCUCCACCAGAGUCACAAAGUGGUUCCUGUAGAAGAAGCAGUCAGUGACCUGAAGGAGCAGCUGAAAUCUGACUUAAAGUCUCUGCAGGACAAGAGGAACAAAUACAAACAAGUGGAGCAAACAUACAAUGAAAUGAGUGAACACAUGAAGAAGCAGCUGUUGUCCACGAGGCAGAUCAGAGCAGAGUUCAACAAGCUCCAGCAGUUCCUGAAAGAGGAAGAGGAGUCCAGACUGGCAGCUCUGAGGGAGGAAGAGGAGCAGAAGGGGAGGACUAUCAGCAGAGAGAUGAAGAUGAUUGAGGAGCAGAUCUCCUCUCUGUCAGACAGCAUCUCUGCUGUUGAAGAAGAGCUGCAGAAACACAGCGUGCCAUUCCUCAGCAGUUAUAAAGACACUCAGAGCAGAGCCAGAGCCCAGAGCUCAAUGUCAGAUCCACAGCUGGUCUCAGGAGCACUGAUAGAUGUGGCCAAACACCUGGGCAACCUGUCCUUCAGAGUGUGGGAGAAGAUGAAGGAGAAGGUCCACUUCAGUCCUGUCAUUCUGGACCCAAACACUGCAAACCACUGGCUCUAUCUGUCUGAUGAUCUGACCAGUGUGAGAUGUCGAGACACAAAGCAACAUCUUCCUGAUAAUCCAGAGAGAAACACAAAUUAUCCCAUUGUUUUUGGCUCUGAGGGUUUCAGCUCAGGGAAACACAGCUGGGAGGUGGAGGUGGGAGACCAUCCUGAGUGGCUUGUGGGUUUAAGUAAAGAGUCAGUUGAGACGAAGGGAAAGCGUUUUGCUUCACCAAAAAAUGGAAUCUGGUGUUUAAAGCAGCACAGUGGAAAAUACACUGAUGUUGUUGGUCAGACUGUGACAGUGAAGAAGAGUCUCCAGAGGAUCAGAGUCCAGCUGGACUAUGACAGGGGGGAGGUGUCCUUCUAUGACCCUGAAGACAUGACUCACAUCUACACUCACAGAGACACUUUCACUGAGAAACUCUUCCCAUAUUUCAGUGUUGUAAAUGCAGGAGACGCCAAAACCUCUGAUAUCAAAAUCUGUCAGACUGAGAUUUGAUUGUAAAGUGAUUCUUUAUUUUAACUGUUUUUUCAGUACAGCAGCAGGUUAAUUUUAGGGAAAUUAUUAAUCACACUGUCUAACUUCAUUAUCAGGUUUUAUUUCAUUUUGUUGAUCUAGUGGAACUAUUAGCAAUUCAAUGAAACCAAAGCAACUUUUUCAUGUGAAAAUCUUGUGACCCACUGGAGUUUCUGUAAGAAACUUUUACAUUUUUUUCUUGUUUCUUUUAAAUUAAUAUUUUCAGAAUAUUUCUCAUGUUGUUCAUGUAAAUAUUUUUGAUCAUUUUAAAAUCUGAAUGAUGAUGAUUUCUUUGCUUUUCAAAGUUGUUGAGUGUGAACAGCAAACUGUGACACUUCUUAAAAGAAGGAUUAAUGAUUAAACAUCAGCAAGAGUCAACUUUACAACUACAAGAUUUUAUUUUCCUGAUUAUCAGCAUCUUGUUUUCAGUUAAAUAACAUUUGAAAGUAACACGUCUUCUUUAAAGUUUCCCAAAUUCAAAGAAAUGACUUCUAAGUUCUGACGCUGUCUCAUCAGUGUAACUACACUUGAUUGAUUUAAUUAAAAACGUUAUUUCUUGUGUUGUUUUUAACCUUAAUCAGCAGCUGACAUCUCUCACAGUUUGAAAGAUUUCUGGAUCUUCUCAUGUUUCAUAAUUAGGUUUUAAUUUGAUUUUCAAACUUCACUCUCAGUCUCAGUGUUUCAAUGAAUCACCUUUGAUUUGUGCUUCAAUCUUAUUCUUUAACUGCUCUCUUUGAUUAUUGAGAUCACAAAAUGUUUCUGUGAAGUGAAAUAAAUAAAUUCAGUGAUUCUGUU